CAUCCUCCAAUUAUCCAAGAAUAUGAUCUUUUCAUAAUUUCCUGGUGCUUAUUUUCAGUUGAACUUCAUUCUUGAAGUUCAUGUUUCACAUUCCUACAUUUCAUUCUUUUUUCUUGGGAAAACACCACAUUCACUUGUUACCUAUAGCAUGGAUCUCUUAGUGCGAUAUUAGAUUUAUCCGUGUUGAUUGUUCCGUCUGUAUUUGUAAGCUAACGCAGCAGGAUCCUUUUUCUGACAUUUCUAUGUGAUUUUUCUGCUUUUGAUCUCAGGAGUACAAGUUCCUGGUUAGUUCUUUUGGAUGAUCAUGUCUUCUGUUUCAUGGCUCACGUCCCUCGAGUGUUCAGCCUCCUUUGAUGAUUCGAGUUCUUUUUCAACUGUACUACACUGGCUGGAAUUCAUUUUUCUGUCACCAUGUCCGCAGAGGAUUCUGUUUUCAGCCAUUAACCUUCUGUUCUUGCUCACCCUUGUUGUACUGGUGCUGAAACGGCUGUAUCUCCGACUCCUUAAUGGCCGAAAUUUGGGAUCCUCAGUUCUUGAGAAACCUCUUCUUGGAGGUGAUAGUCAUGGUUUUAGAAUCACUUUGUGGUUUAAAGCUUCUUUUGUCGUCACAGCUCUAUUAGCCUCUGCCUAUGCUGUUCUCAGCAUAUUGGCCAUCACUAAAGGCGUCGAAUCUCAAUGGAACUUAAUUGAGGUUUUGUUCAAAUUGUUUCAAAUGAUGGCUAAUGUGGUUGUUUUGGUUCUUAUUGCACAUGAGAAAAAGUUUAGAGCUGUCUCUCAUCCGCUGCCCCUUCGAGUGUAUUGGGCUGUGGACUUUGUUCUUGUAUGUCUGUUUGCUGCUAUGGCUAUCGCUCGUUUAGUCUCUAGUAGUGAAAAUGUUGAUCUCAACAUGAAAUUGGAUGAUUUGUUUUCCUUGGUGAGCUUCCCGCUUUACGUUUUUCUGCUUGUUGCUGCUGUGAAAGGAUCAUCUGGGAUUAAUUUGGUUGCUGAUGAGGAUCUUGAUGAGAACUCAAGACCAAAAGUAGAUGAACGGACUACAGAGGAUUCUGAUGUGAGUGGCUAUGCUUCAGCUUCAUUGUUGUCUAGAGCCGUGUGGCAUUGGAUGAAUCCGAUUCUGAGCAAAGGGUAUAAGUCUCCUCUGAAAAUGGACGAAGUCCCUUUGCUUCCACUCGAUCAUCAGGCUCAGAGUAUGGCUGAACUGUUUGAACUUUAUUGGCCUAAGCCUAGUGAGAACUCAAAGAACCCUGUAAGAACAAUGCUGAUCAGAUGUUUCUGGAAGGAUCUUGCUUUCACAGGUUUUCUUGCUCUUGUGCGCUUAGCUGUUAUGUAUGUCGGCCCGGUCCUUAUCCAAAGUUUCAUCAGUUUCACUUCUGGGGACAGAAGCAAUUUGUAUCAAGGUUUUUAUCUGAUAUUGAUUCUGUUAAUAGCGAAAGUGGUCGAAGUUCUUUGUUCCCAUCAGUUCAAUUUUCUAUCUCAGAAGCUGGGGAUGCUUAUGCGUUCCGUUCUGAUGACUGGUAUAUACAAGAAGGGGCUCAGAUUGUCCUGCUCCUCCAGGCAGGAUCAUGGAGUCGGACAAAUAGUGAAUUAUAUGGCUGUUGAUUGCCAGCAGCUAGCGGAUCUGGUCUACCAGCUGCAUACGUUAUGGUUGAUGCCGUUUCAAGUGGGAGUUGCUUUGUUGCUGAUAUAUGUUUAUAUCGGAGUCUCUGCAGUGGUUUCAUUGGCAGCAGUUGUUGGAGUUAUGUUCCUAACUCUGACGAUAACUCGGAAAAACAAUUCGUUUCAGUUUAAUGUGAUGAUGAGUCGAGACGUGAGGAUGAAAGCUACUACUGAAAUGCUGAACAACAUGCGUGUCAUCAAAUUUCAAGCGUGGGAAGACCACUUCUACAAGAAAAUCCAAGCUGCCCGUGAGAAGGAGUAUAGUUGGCUCAGUAAAUUUAUGUACUUGAUUUCUGGCAACUUAAUUUUGCUGUGGAGCGUCCCAAUUCUAAUAGCUGCACUCACAUUUGGUAUUGCAACUUUGAUGAAAGUCCCUCUUGAUGCUGGGACUGUUUUCACGACAACAUCCGUUUUCAAGAUCUUACAGGAACCGAUUCAAAGUUUCCCACAAACUCUCAUCUCGAUCUCACAAGCAAUCAUAUCUUUGGGGAGGUUGGAUAGGUAUCUGACCAGCUGUGAAUUGGAGGAUAACAACGUAGAGAGAGAGGAAGGUUGUGGUGGUGCAAUAGCUGUCGAGGUGAAAGAAGGAACUUUUGCAUGGGAAGACGAAGGUGGCGAACAUGUUCUUAAAGAUAUAAAUUUUGAGGUUAAGAAAGGAGAGCUUGCGGCAAUUGUUGGAAUGGUUGGAUCAGGAAAAUCUUCUUUAUUGGCUUCUGUUCUAGGUGAGCUUCACAAAACUUCAGGAAAGGUGAGGGUUUGUGGGACUACAGCUUAUGUGGCACAAACGUCAUGGAUACAGAAUGCAACAAUCCAAGAAAAUAUACUGUUUGGUUCCCCAAUGAACGUUGAAAAAUAUAAGGACGUAAUAAAGGUGUGUUCCUUAGAGAAAGAUUUGGAGAUUAUGGAACACGGUGACCAGACAGAGAUCGGAGAACGUGGCAUUAACCUUAGUGGUGGCCAGAAGCAGCGGAUACAACUUGCCAGAGCUGUGUAUCAAGACUGUGAUAUCUAUCUAUUAGAUGAUAUAUUCAGUGCAGUUGAUGCUCACACUGGAACAGAGAUAUUUAAGCUUUGAAGGAUAAAACAAUUCUACUUGUCACCCAUCAAGUUGAUUUCCUUCACAAUGCAGAUCUUAUACUGGUUAUGCGAGACGGGAAGAUUGUGCAAUCUGGCAAGUACAAUGAACUUCGUGACUCUGACCUGGAUUUCAGUGCACUUGUAGCGGCUCAUGAGACCUCCAUGGAACUAGUUGAAACUAAUCCAGCUGUUUCUAGUGUAAAUGUCAAACAAGCGCCAGAAUCACCCCACAAACAAGUCCCAAGAUCAGUCGAAAAUGGGUCGGGCCAGAGUGAGCUUAAUGGUGAACCAGGGGAAUCCAAAUCUGAUAAGGGUAGUUCGAAGCUCAUAGAAGAUGAAGAGAGAGAAACCGGCCGUGUCAGUCUGAGUGUAUAUAAGAAGUACAGCACUGAGGUAUAUGGAUGGUGGGGAAUAACAGUUGUGAUACUUAUCUCUAUAUUAUGGCAGUUAUCCCAGAUGUCCUCUGAUUAUUGGCUGGCUUAUCAGACAUCUGAUGAACUUAACUUUGUAGCCUCUUUGUUUAUUGGCAUCUACACUGCUAUAGCUGUUGUUUCUUGUGUUUUUAUGGCGGUCAGAUCAGUUCUUGUUGCGUUUUUGGGUCUCAAAACGGCUCAGAGUUUCUUUAAUCAAAUACUGAAUAGCAUUCUGCAUGCUCCAAUGUCAUUCUUUGACACAACUCCUUCCGGCAGAAUACUAAGUCGUGCAUCCUCUGAUCAAGUGAACAUUGAUAUCUUGAUACCACUGUUUUUGAGUAUAACCAUCGUCAUGUACUUUUCGUUGCUUGGAAUCCUGGUUAUUACAUGUCAAUAUGCUUGGCCUACAGUAUUCAUCAUAGUUCCACUGAUCUGGCUCAACAUCUGGUAUCAGGGAUACUAUAUCGCAUCAGCGCGUGAAUUAACAAGACUCGACCAAAUUACUAAAGCUCCAAUCAUACACAAUUUCUCUGAAACCAUAUCUGGUGUUAUGACAAUACGUUGCUUCAGAAAGCAGGAUAAGUUCUUUCAUGGAAAUAUUGACAGGGUGGACACGAAUCUGAGAAUGAGUUUUCACAACAGUGCAUCGAAUGAGUGGUUGGGUUUCCGCUUGGAAAUGAUAGGGAGUUUUGUCCUAUGUGUUGCCACCGUUUUCUUGAUCUUGUUACCUAGUACAAUAGUAAAACCAGAAUACGUUGGGCUGUCUCUUUCGUACGGCCUGCCACUUAACUCUGUACUGUACUGGACCAUCUACCUUGGCUCUGUUCUUGAGAACAGAAUGGUUUCUGUGGAAAGAAUAAAGCAAUUCAUAAACAUCCCAUCAGAAGCUGCAUGGAGGAAAGCCGAUUCUGCACCCUCUCCAGAUUGGCCUAAUCGUGGCGAGAUUGAGAUAAAGAACUUGCAGGUCAGGUAUAGGCAUAACACUCCGUUGGUACUGAAAGGAAUAUCUCUAACCAUCAACGGUGGUGAGAAAAUUGGCGUUGUUGGGCGAACUGGAAGUGGGAAGUCAACUCUGAUCCAAGUGUUCUUCAGGCUGCUGGAACCUUAUGCCGGCACAAUAAUAGUUGAUGGGGUUGACAUAUGCAAGCUCGGUCUUCAUGAUCUUAGGUCCAGAUUCGGAAUCAUCCCUCAGGAGCCGGUCUUGUUUGAGGGAACAGUUAGAAGCAACAUUGAUCCACUCGGGCUGUACUCAGACGACGAAAUAUGGAAGAGUCUUGAACGGUGCCAACUGAAAGAAGUUGUGUCAGCAAAACCUGAAAAACUUGACUCUUCAGUGGUCGACUCUGGGGACAACUGGAGCGUGGGGCAAAGACAGCUCCUAUGCUUGGGACGUGUGAUGCUGAAACGUAGCAAGAUCUUAUUCAUGGACGAAGCAACAGCCUCGGUUGAUUCUCAAACAGAUGCUGUGAUUCAAAAGAUCAUACGUCAGGACUUCUCCGCCUGCACGAUAAUCACUAUUGCUCACAGGAUCCCAACUGUUAUAGACUGCGACAGGGUCUUGGUCAUAGACAACGGAUGGGCCAAGGAAUUUGAUGGUCCUGGCAGGCUUCUUGAGAGGCCAUCACUGUUUGGAGCACUGGUUCAAGAGUAUGCCAACAGAUCAUCUGGGCUGUGAAAAACUGAGUUUUAACUGAUUUUUGCUACCAUUAUUGUGGCAUGUUUCUUGAUUUAGUAUUUCAAUGUCAACUAAAAUGGAUGAAGUUUUCUUUGGGAAUAUGUUAAUGUUGGAGCAAAAGUCUCAAAUAUAGAAGGGAUAAUUACAUUUACACUUCCUGAAAUAUAGUCUAUUUAUACAAUUACUUA